AGUUCCGCUAUCCUGCUACUGUAAAAUCCUAGCGUAGUGAAUCGCUGGGAGAGGUACAGGGAAAUAACGGAGCCGAAUUCACGAGCGUUCCCGGAUAGUGUUAUUUUGAAAUUAUAGUGACUGAAUACAGUUUAUCUACAUGAGAUGGACUAUUAGUACAGACAAAAGUUUUUAUUUGCCUCGGCUUUGAAGAGUUUGCGAGCAGCUACCUAACUAGCUAUGCUAACGUUAGCUAGCGAGCUAGAUAAAACUGUAAACAUGGUUUAAAUUGGUCGCUCACUUGACGUUAUAUUGCAGUAAUUAAAAUGUAGUAUGAAUUAUUAUUUUAUCAAUGUGUGCCUGCCGUAGCUAAUAACGUAUAUGAUACAUUUAUGCUUGGAUUCAAACAGCCGCAGUGUGUGCACACAUCAAACAACUGCAGCAAAGGCAGAUGAUGGAGGAGCUGUGGCGACGUGGCAUGCCCCUGUCAGAUCGAAUGGAAAAUGACUCCCCAGCAGAUAUGGCCCCAGGGUCCCCGACCACAGCGGCCCCGUCAGGCUCCAAUGCCUCCUGGGUGCCAGAGGCCCCCCUGGUGACCCCUGAGGAACCCUACUUCCUCAUGACCUCCACUGCCCAGACCGUGUCAGGGUUCUUUGUCUGGACAGCCCUGCUAAUAACCUGCCACCAGAUCUACAUGCACCUGCGCUACUACAGCUCUCCCAAUGAGCAGAGGCACAUAGUUCGCAUCCUCUUCAUCGUUCCCAUCUACGCCUUCGACUCGUGGCUCAGCCUCCUCUUCUUCACUAACGAAGAGUACUACGUCUACUUUGACACCGUCCGCGACUGCUACGAAGCAUUUGUGAUCUACAACUUCCUCAGCCUGUGUUAUGAGUACCUUGGAGGGGAGAGUGCCAUCAUGGCUGAGAUCAGAGGAAAGCCCAUUGAGUCCAGCUGUGUGUAUGGCACCUGUUGUCUCUGGGGCAGGACUUACUCCAUUGGGUUCCUCCGAUUCUGCAAACAGGCCACUCUACAGUUCUGUGUGGUGAAGCCUCUGAUGGCCAUGAUCACUGUCAUCCUGCAGGCCUUUGGGAAGUACAGAGAUGGAGACUUCAAUGUGGCCAGUGGGUACCUGUAUGUGACCAUCAUCUAUAACUUCUCUGUCAGCCUGUCUCUCUACGCCCUCUUCCUCUUCUACUUCGCCACCCGCGACCUGCUGGUCCCCUACAACCCCAUGCUCAAGUUCUUCAUGGUCAAGUCUGUCAUCUUCCUCUCAUUCUGGCAGGGUAUGCUGCUGGCCAUCCUGGAGAAGUGUGGAGCCAUCCCUAAAAUCAACUCUCCCGAAGUGUCAGUGGGGGAGGGCACGGUCGCUGCCAGCUACCAGAACUUUAUCAUCUGCAUUGAGAUGUUCUUUGCCGCUGUGGCCCUGCGCCACGCCUUUACCUACAAGGUCUACAUGGACAAGAGGCUGGAUUCCUACGGGUCAUUUCCUAUUUAUGGACAGUACGGUCGCUGCGCCCCAAUGAAGAGCAUCUCCAGCAGUCUGAAGGAGACCAUGAACCCCGGUGACAUGGUGCAGGACGCCAUCCACAACUUCUCCCCGGCCUACCAGCAGUACACACAGCAGUCCACCCUAGAGCAGCGCGGGGGUGCGCCUGUGUCCCGCAGCCACAGCAACCUCAGCACCCGCGACAACGAGAAGACUCUGCUGCUCAGCUCCGACGAUGAGUUCUGAGCCGCCCUACACACCGACCGGUGGUACUACUGAAGGGGUGGAGAGGGGAGGGGCUUUAUGGACUCUACUAUAGUGCCGUACCAAAUCGACAGGCUUGAGUCCUUUGGCUGAUCCACUUCAUUGCAUACAUGUACAUAGUACUCAUAUACUCAGUCUAUAUUGACAAUACAAGCAACCUACUACAUAGAGGUCCAUUGCCACAUACCACUGCCAAUAUGGAUCAAUACAGAUACACACACACGUGCAUGUACCAUUCCCAAGUCUCUUCAGGCUGUGUGUUAACACUACAAAGGCCUACCACACAGAGAAACACUCACCAACGUGCGUGCCAUUGACAUGAGUGCCAUUGAAAUAUUGUCAAUCAUACAGCGUCCUCCAUUUUGAUUUAAUUGGACAUGAUUUCUCAUCCCUUCUCACCCUCCUGUCAGCUCUGCCUCUUGCUGAAAUGUUGCCAAAUAGAGGGAGAUCCCGCUUGGUCAGCAGGACCCUCUCUAACUAAAGGUUUAGAUUUCAGAGUGAUUUGGAUAAGACACUCUAAGGGACCCCUAAAUCACUGAGUUGUAUAUUUUGAUGUUUAUUGACCUGAUGGUAUAUUUCUCAUUUUAAACUAAUCUAUUAUGAAGGGAGGUUAUUAUUAUAUUAUGUGUGUUUGCGUAUGAGUGUGUUGGCAUGAACAGGAAGGUACAGUGAGGAUAAUAUAUAUUUUUUUUGGGGGGGUCAUUCGGGGUGUCUCCCGGAAUGUUAUUGUUGUUGUCAUAUUGAGGGAACAGCUGUUGACAGAGGUUUGGUGUGUAAAGAGGACCGGGCUUCUCAGCAAAACUGGACCCGGCCGCAGCAGACAGGAUUAGAAUCCCGUAAUUGGGGCAUUAUGUGCGGCACAGAUCAGGCAUGUUUUUACCGUCACGUUGGUCUAGCGGUCAUAUCGCGCCGAACUGCGCAUGUGCAUGCCGUCAAAUCAAAGGCACGAAAAUGAAAACGUGUCAGUUUGUUACUUUCACGAGGUUGGAGUAAUAACAUGUUCAACUACUUAAGACAUUGGCUCGAAUCUAGGUUGUGUCUUUAGAUUGAGAAAAUAAACUACUAAG